UCCUCACCACUCGGACCCCUCUCGCACAAACAACUCUCCGCGUGGAGCAGAUUGGCGCUGCCGUUUGACCCCUGUCCUACUCGAGCAGGAGGCAGCAGGGUUCCUCUGUCUACGACCUUCAUCCUCAAGGCAGCAUUGACGUGGGACGCAGUGUAGCUCAUCAAGGAGCUGUACUCUAGUGAUUCCGCCAUCAGAGCGACCACCUCCUCACGCGCCUGACCCUCGCAGUACAGAUCACUCUUGACUUCGGGAGUAAAAUCAUCAUAUCAAGAGCCCAGCUGUGCCAGACAAUGCAAUCCACCUCGAUUUGGCCAUCCUCAAAAACCUCCACUCAUAGAAGCCAUAGAGACCCAGCAUACAAGUCUCCCUCCUUCGUCGAUCAGGUUUCUCGCCCCCAUCACAUUGCAUCUACGCCUUCCUCAGACAGCUCAAGCUCUCACGAGGGCUCUGUGAUCUCAACGGCAUCUUCCGCCUCUUCCUCAUCUCACCUGCCCCAUCGCUCUGCCACUUCUUCUCUGAACAGCAGUCCGCCGUCUCACGGCGAGCAUUACAACACGAUCAUCCUGCCUACGGCCAGUGGAUCCGGCUUGUCCCCCCGUACGCAAGACUUGCUACAGACGCAAAGGGACCUCUUUCAGCAGUACCCGUCAUACCACAAGCCUCUUCCACCUGCCCCACACUUGCAUCGAAGCUUCUCGGACUGGCAAAACAGCCUACAGACUUUGGCGAAUCAAGGUGUUGCUUCAUCGGAAGCCCAUCCUUCCACACGCCAGUCCUACAGCAACGCCACACCUGCCACUCCUCCGAUACCUCCUCCUUCGAUGCAGACCACUACUGCUGCCAAUGUCGCGUACGCUACCUCUGCGUUCGCGGCCCCGCCACCAGCUGCCCAUCACCAGAAAAGAGAAGAGGAUGAGGUGAUGCGGAGUCCCGAUAGAACGCGUGGCACAAAGUCGAGGAGGGCUAGCUCAGGCGGAUCCAAGAUCCCUGAAGGUCCUCGGCGGGAGCCAACCGAGCCGAGCAGCGCCCUCGAGGGGGAGAUGAGACCUACGGACGCUGGCGGGCCCGCUGUACCACCCAACCUGGCUGUUCCGGCAGAGGAAGGAGCAUUCAAAGCGCCGGAGGCAUCUUCCUCCCGGUCGACCGCACCGGGCAGGUCGUCGGUAGCGUCCAGCAAUGCAGCCUCGCCUUCGACAAUGGCAAGUAGCAGAAGCUCUUUCCCUGCUUCCACCUCGGCGGAUGCUCCCUCUACUACUGCGCGGCGCCAGUCACAGCCACACCUCGAUCUGGCAAAUCAUCCCCCACAACAACUUCUGAAAGUCCUUGCAGCUCUUCUGCAUCAAAUCGCUUCGUCUAACGAUCACCUCAGGCCAACAAAUGGCCAAGAAGGCCGCGACAGAAGGAAGAGCACUUGGCGGACUGGACAAGGAGAUGAAGGCGCGCAAGGCAGCACAACACAUUCAUCAGCGGCUAGCACGCCCGGUCCAGAAGACAAGAGACACUCUGUCACAACGGCGGCCAUGGGCGCCUUGGGCACGCCGAGCAGCACACUCUGCUUCCACGCUCGGAACAUCCCAAGCAUCAGCAUCGAGAGCUAUCUUCUAAGAAUUCUCAAGUACUGUCCCACCACUAACGACGUCUUCUUGAGCCUUUUGGUGUACUUUGAUCGCAUGAGCAGGAUGGGAGUGGGUGCUGGCCCUGGCUCAAGCAGCAAUUCUCCGGCGGGAGCGGCUGCAGGACUACCGCUGGCUGACGGGGUAGAGAUGAGCAGGUCUGGCUCAAAAGACGGAGUGGACGAUGAAGACAGACUUAGGGGCGAGGAAGACGCCCAUCCGGGCAUGCGGGGAUUCGUCAUUGACAGCUACAAUGUGCAUAGGCUCGUCAUUGCGGGCAUUACUGUGGCCAGCAAAUUCUUCAGCGACAUCUUCUACACGAACUCUAGAUAUGCAAAGGUCGGCGGUCUCCCAGUACACGAGUUGAACCAGCUCGAGCUGCAAUUCCUCCUUUUGAAUGACUUCCACUUAGUCAUCCCUCUCGACGAGCUUCAGCGUUACGCUGACCAGCUGCUCGUGUACGGCGCAGAAGGCGGAGUUCUUGCGCCCAGUCGGGUAAAGGAUGUGGACAGCAAUACUGCCGCUACUACAGACGCAGGAGGUCGAAGGGGUAGCGAGAAGGGCGAGAGGCAUACAAAAGACCGGGGAAGAGGAUCGGCACUGGCAGAAGAGUCUGCCAUGGAAGCAGAACCCCCUGCCCGAACUGCAUCCGGAGGUUGAUGGCUAUUUGAGCCGUUUACUGAGGGCAGAUGGGCAGUGAGCAGGAGCUGUGAGCAAGCAGGGAGCUCCUUUGUAGAUGACAUAUGCCACGACGAAUGUAGGAGCAGAGAGCAAGAGCCUAAUGACUAUACGCGUAUCCAAUCAUCUAUCCAAUCUACAUCAAUCCAAAUCACUCUUUCGAAGACAUUGAUAGACCAACACAGAUGCUCAGUGAUUGGCCACCCAUUCGCGAAUCAGACGGGCUCCCUCGACGAGGUCAUUGGCGCGC